AGACCCACUAAAAAGUUGAACGAGACUUUUCCAAUGCAUUGAAGAUUCGGCCGCGACUUGCAAACCUUAUCCGACUGCGAGUCUUCAUGCUAGGUCCUGGGGUAUUCUCAUGAUAUAUACAGGUUUCUCGACUUUGGAAGUUGGCAAUCACAGUUCUUUCUCCAACUGUUGCACAGUGCAAUAACCGGUCUUUCAUAGCUGCGUCGAAAGAACUGCGCUUAUCAUAAUGUCUCUCGUCGCUUUGCCGCCGGAGCUUCGCAGUAUAUGCCGGAAACUCACUGCCGUCAAAGUAGAACAGCUUCCCAUCCUGUUGCCAACUUUGCUCAAGGACCUGCAAAGAUGCCAGGGCCCUCUGUCAGAACCUCAAGAGUCCAAAAGCAGUGCCAACUCGUCAGAGGCCGCCGUUUUAGUGCACAAGCUCCGGACACAGAUCAGCGCGCUCCUCAAUGGCAGGAGUAUCGAGGGCCAUUUCGCUGCUGUCGCCCUCAUCAAGACCUACAUCGAAGCGGGAGGAUGGGAAACUCUUCGUACAUCCGAGCCCUGGGUCAGGGGCCUUGUGUCUAUACUUCAGAAACGAGAUCCCAUGGCAACGAAGGAGUUGUGUGUGGUAACUCUUACUAAGAUAUAUGCACUUGCUCAGAAAUACCAGACUUUGGUGCGAGAGAUCGUCACCCCUAGUAUUUCCACCUUUGCAACUGCAUGCAUUCAGAUUUUGAAGCCAGCAAACUCAAACAAGACAGCUGUAAAAGCACCCCUGAAUUUCACUGAGACAAUAUUUGAAGCAUUCUCCAUUCUAAUUCCCCUCUAUCCCACCACAUUGCGGCCAUACGUUGGUCAGCUUCGCUCUGUCACACGAAUAUACCUCUCACCUACAAGCUCUGACGCGUUGCUUGUUCCCCGGAGUCUACAGAGUAGCAGUCGCAGACUGGUCACUCGUUUGCAUAUGACAGCAGCUAAGAACGGUGGUGCGGACGAAUGGACCAAACAUGUCAAGGAACUGAUCAAGGAGUUCCACGAGACGGCCGAUCAGGUCUUCCGGGCCAUACAAGAGAACUGGGAGCCAACAACUGGCUAUAUACGCCAACCAACCAGUUUUGAUGCCGAGGCAACCGGUGGUGGUGACUCCCAGGAGCAGUCACCACCAUGGACGGGCAUUGCAGCUGGAAGCGAACGGAUGAUUGGUCUCUUGGGCUGUCUUGCCGAUUACCUACGAUGCGCAACCAAGGUGGCUGUUUCAAUUCCGAUAAGUGCGUUAAUCGAUUUGGCUACGCGUGUGUCCUUGAUCAUUCCUCCCACUCCUGGCAAGGACAAGAACGAAAUAGCCCAAAUGAAUCCGACUGCGGGCCGGGAAGAAAAGGACGAUCUAUGGACAGUGUUCCCCGACAUCCAAGUUGCCACCCUCCAGUUCGUGCUGGUCUUGGUACAACGACUAGGCGCAAACUACACCCCAUUAGCUCAGGAGACACUAGAACAGGUCAUUCGAACCGUUGACUCGGGCUAUCGCAUUCCGGAGAUUCGUAAAAUCACUUUUGCGAUAACUGCGGAGCUGCUACAACUAUGUGGUCCAACAAUGUCAAAAGCUCAGGUCGAUGCCCUUUACCUUGUAUCGAUGAUAUCCUGCCGCGACCUGCUUGGGGCUGCCGGCCACAUCAAGGUGCCAAAACAACAAACGCUCACGGCUCAGAACGGCACAAAAGCGAAGUCGGCGACACAAAAUGCUGACGCUUUCCUCAAGUCGAAUGCUGAAGACGAGUCUGUAUCUGUUUCUCUCGACGCAGAGCAUCUUGCCUCGGCAGAACUGCUGCUCACGACUCUGUUCAGUCACCUGCCUCAACAUCACAUCAACCCCGACCUGCGCUCCCGCAUGCUCCGAACCGCUAUCUUGUGCCAAAUCAAAGAUGCCGAGAUCGCCAGCAUUCUCCACCCUGCAAAGGACAAGAAUGGCAGAACGGCACAGGUUAUCCUCCCAUACCUCCACCAGCAGUUCCCCCGUGACGAAGUUGUCGAGAUUCUCCGCUUCAACUUCCGCCCCAUCACUGGUGGAAAGAAGGGGGAUAUCAUGGACAUGGCCGACGAGAUGGAGAUCGAGACCGAGGAAGCGCCCGAGAAGCCCACCAACGGAUUUACCUUUGAUCGGCCUUUCCAGGUAUCUUCCUCUUUCGCCACGACGGGUGCCGCCGGCGCAACCACGGCGGCGGAGGAGCCGGUCGUGGGGCGGACCGCCCCUUCCGCACCGGGCAUCGCAGCCGAGAUCCAGCCGAGCCCAUUCUUGCCGCAGCCCUUCAUGCAGGGGGCAGCAGUGCCGGCCGUCAACCCGGUCGCGGCAAACACGAUCCCUCUCAAGCGAAAGAGCGAAGAUCCGGAAUCUCUGGUCGCAUCGAAACGCGUUGAUGCUGCUAAUGUCGCCACGCCUGAUCCUGGCUUUGGGGUCUUGGGCUCCUUGGUCGAAGACACGCUUGCCAUGGUCCCUGCUCCCGUCACGAAGGUGGAAGACAAGAUGGAAGAAGAUGGCGAAAGUGAUGAGGAGAGUGUGCAUCUGAACAUGGAUCUGGACUCAGAUGGCGACGAGGAUGAGUAGCUGAGCAUAUAUCUUCCACAACAAUACAACGGCGAGGCACAGACAUAGUUUAAUGGGAGAUCUAUGAAUAUGUGUUGAAACAAAAUCAAACCUUCGAUUCAAGUUCGAAGCAUUGUGCUACCAGUCUGGCCACAAUGACACCAGAACGCCACGCGCCAUUUGCCGAGAUUUUAACUACUCCUGUGCCACACCUGAAACCACCCAGGACUCCUCACAUCCAUGUCCUCUGAUAUAGCAGUAGUAUACAUAUGUAAUGUCGACCUUCGAACGCCCUUGUCUGUCUCCGUAAAAUGCCGUGUAUCUCCCGCGCUAUAUGCAAGUAUGUUGUUUACUCGGCCUC